AUGAAGCUACUUAAGAGCAAAUGGACUUCGUACAACCAGAAGGCCAAUUAUUACAACACAACGUAUUUGCCAGAAAUCCUCGUUUCCACUCCCACUUUCGAAUCAAUCAAAUCCAUGGAUUUAUCUGACCAAUUCUGGAACAUGGGCGCCUUGACUCAUCCUGACGAACCCUGGGCAGUCAAUCCACAUGUCCAGAAAGGAAUUUCAGCAUACUUGACAGUCAGUCAUUGUCAAGAAGAGCUAUCUCCUGUUGCAAGGGAGGCCAGACAGGCCAUCAAAUGGGCCAUUUCACAAGAAUCACGCAUGGUAAAACUGUUAGACUUGUUACAAAGAGAAAAUCCGACUGAUUUUGAAUCUGAAUUGUGUGCCAAACAUAGCUGCUCAAGAUUGGUCCUCGACUCAAUCUAUGAUAACCUGGCCAAGAAAAACUGCCUGGUGUGGAUGGCUUGGAACUCUCACUGUCACGAGCUCCUCCGAUGGAGUAAAAAAUAUCUCAAUAUGGAAGACCCAGAUGACAGAAAUAUGGAACAGAGCUGGGAUCUAGUUAUAACUCAUUGCAAAUCAAUGUGGGAAAAACUGAUCAACCAAGAUUCAAUAAUCAUGGAGCUAGAAGAUCAUGAAGAAUAUGAAGAGGAGGAAAUGUUACAAGAAGAAGAAUUGCAGACCCAAGUUGAAAAUGAUGAAGAUAUUCUUGCAGGGGAAGAUGAGGAGGAUUAA